AUGCCAAAGAGAGGCAGGUGGUCUGUUGUGGGGAAGAUUGAGUAUGAGGCAAAGAAGGUAAGGAUUGCAUGGUUGAAAGAAGAGGUAGCCCGGUUAGAGAGAGUGGUUGCAGCGGAGAAAGAGAGAGCAAAAGAGACCAACCAACGCUUUGAGAAGGCCAAGAAAGAGAGCUCCGGAACUGUGGCCAGGUAUCUCUUCAUGAAUGAAGAGGAUCUUACACUUGAGGAGUGCAAGGAGUACUGCCAAGAGCUCACGCGGAUCAACCAAGAAAUUGCAAACCGAUUGUCCUUAGAGUCCAUGGGCUCAAAUGUGCCACCACCGCAGCCGCAUUUGUCUUCAGUCGAAUCACAAACUAAGGAAGAAAAGUAG